UCAUAACUAUUCAGCUAGCAGACUUAAAAUUAUAAAGUUUGUAAAGUAACCUUUCUUUAAAAGAUUUGCAAAUCAUUUAUUACCUUCAAAAAUUUAAAAUUAUGACUAAUUUUAUGUCUUGUGAUCUCUGUGAACGAGGUUCUCAUCAUUGCCAGUCUUAUGGUCAUCAUGCAAAUUAUGCUCAUCCUCAUUAUUCUGAUGUUCCUGAUGAACUGGAAGAAGAACCAGAGGCACCCACUCUUUCAUUAGGGAAUCGUAUUUUAUGGCUGACAGAGACACGUGCAGCGUCUGGAAUUGUUCGCUGGAUUGGUCGAAUACCAUCCGUCUCGAAUGGGUGGACUGCAGGUGUUGAAUUUGAUAAUGUCAUGCCAAAUGGGGGAAAUGGUGAUUAUAGAGGCCGUAGUUUUUUUACAUCGCGGCCUGGACAUGCCUUGUUCCUUCCAGUGUCUGAUCUCCUUAAAGUAGACAGUCCACCAACUCCUAGUAAUGGUGAGAGAACAUCAUUUUUUGGACGUCUCCAAGAUUCUUGUUCUAAUUUUGCUCAUAGGAAAAGAAGGGAUUCUACUUUUGGUGACUUCAAGCAAGAAUAUUGUCCAACAUGCAACCACAAUGAUGUUCAUCAUAAUGGUCAUCACUACAAUCAUGCACCUGUGUAUGAUAGAAUUACAUCUCGACGAUCAAUGUAUUUUGAAGAUCAGCCUUAUGAGGCAUAUAAUGUGUGUGUGCCUUGUGGUCCUACUAACAGAAUUCUAAAUGAAAUUCCUAAUAAUAGGCAGUAUGGAAGACAGCCGAGAUCACAUUCAAGAGAUGAAUGUUUAAGUGUUCCUAAUAAUGAAUCUAGAACUGUGGUUGAAUAUCCAAAUCAUGAUGCAAGAGAAUAUAGUGAUCUGAGUAUAUCUCGAAAGGAAUCAAUCUUCAAUCCAAGAACUAGUCUCAGGUUUAUGAAUGGUUUCAAAGAAUGGGUCUCAUGUUUGCUGUUAGGUACCAAUCGACGUAAAUCAAGUAGAAAACUUGUUCUUAAAGACAGAAAGUCUGUUACCAGUGUGUUUCUUUCAAACAAUUCACAAUCUCUAACAGGACAAAGAUUAUCCUCUUUUAGUGAAUAUGCAUCUAUUAGUAUUUCCAAAGGCUCACAAAAAAAUGAAUCAUCUAAUUCGAAGCAAUCUGGAAAGUCUCUUGAGAAUGCAAAUCAUGUACCUGAAUUAAAGAAGAAAAGUAGGAAAAAGAGACCAGCUCCUUUACCUCCUAUUGAAUAUAAGAAAACUUCUGCUAUAAAUGGUGAUGAACAAACUCCCAAGCGAUUGUCCAAUGGUUCUAUCAAUUCUGUUGAACGAAGAGAUAGUAAAAAAGAACGAAAUAAGAAUACAAAAAUUAUAUCAAAAACUGUCAAAUCUACUAGUGGGGUUUCUUAUUCAGUUCCUGUUCAGAAAAGGUAUAAAAAAAGAAGAGCACCUCCUCCUCCCAUUGCAUUAAGUACAACUAAUUCAGCUAUUUAUGCAUCUGUUCGCAAAAAGGAUUCUAGAAAUUUCCAAAAUGGUGCAGUUUGUAAAUAUAAUGAUUAUAAUCUUCCAUCUGUCAGUUCGAAGCAUGCUAAAGUACAACGUAAAAAUUCAAAUGAGUGGAAUUACCCAGAAACAUCAAAAGUUUCCAGGCAUAGAAAAACUCAUAAACAUUUAAAAAGAAGGCCACAUGUAUCGGAUUAUGAUAAUGUAAAGAAUAAUAGAGGUUCUGAGUCUGAUGAUUCAAGCAGUGGCUCAAUCACAUUUUCUCCAGAAGACAGCAGUGAUGAUAAAUAUGGCUUAGUUAAUUAUAAAGCCAUGAAAGCUAUUGAUGGAAUAGAUGAAGAUACUUCCAUGGCCAGAUCUUCUAGUUUUGUACAAUAUUCUAGUGAUAACAGUGAUGUAUGCUUAAAGAUAUCCAUUCAAAAGACCGAAACAAAUGUUGUUACAGUAGAAGAAAUAUCUGCACCUCAUACUGUUUGCUAUACCAUUGAAGAAGAUACUUCUUCAUCAGAAUUGACAGAUGAACCUCCAGAAAUUCCUUUAAAAAUGAAAGCCAUUGAUAUGCUUCAAGAAUCAAAAGCAAAUUCAACAGAUAGUUCAUUAGCAUCUACAGAAGAUAGUGGUGAAAAAUCGAAAACUGUGUUUGAUGAGUUAAAAAUGAAACCACCAACCAAAGGAUCAGUGAAAGAGUUUGUCCAUGCAUUUAAUAUGCUGUCUGCUAAAAGUAAUGGACUCUCUGUUGAAAAUUCUGUUCCAAAACAAAAAAUUGUUGGAAACGGACCAUCAGAUUCUAAAAGUAAUUCUAUAAUGCCAAGUACCUCUAAAAAUAUUCAGUCAUUUCCUACCAAAUGGGAAUUUCAAAACAAUAAGCCUCAAAAUCUGAUUUAUUCCUCUAAUCAAUUGCUGCUGCCGAUAGCUGAAGAAUCAAUAAAUGAAACUUCUGAACAUGAUGGAAAUAUAGAAGAAUCUAAUUCUAAAAUUUUAAAUUCAAAACAGCAUAAAAAAGGUAUUCUUUCUGAUCAAAAGCAAGAAAAGUCAAUGAAUGAUACUUGUUCACAUUGUUCAGAAAAACAUUCACCAACUUCUACUUCAAAAGGUACCAAGAAAAAAAUUGCCCCAAAACUUGAACAUUUACCUCAUUCUGAAAAAUUUCAGUUACCUAAUUCUUCCAAAGCAUCUGUAGCUGCAUUAUCCUCACUUUUACAAGAAAAGGCAGAGCAUGCAAAUAAAGUUAUUCCAAGUUCAUCAAAACCAGACUUUAAACCAGAUCAACCAAUUAUGGUGGGUCUUUAUAUUGAAGAUAAGUCAUCACAUAGAGGACCUAUACCUUUAUUGGUAACACCAUCCAUGUCUUUAAGGAAGCUAAAGAAACAGGUAGAAGCUGAAUAUAAUUUCCCUAGCCAUCAACAGUGUUGGAUCCUUGGAGAUUCUUUUGCUGUGCAAGAGGAUGCCUCCUUGUCAAGCUAUGGCGUUAAAGAGGCAGGCUGCCCUAUCCUUCUCUAUGUGAUGGCUAAAGAUUCUAAAUCUCGUUCUCUGCCUUGUAGGGCCUCCACUUUUUUACAGCCUCCAAGUUCCAGUAGUGAGGAGGAAACACCUAGUCCUCGACAUAAUCGAAAGCGCAAACCCAAAUCCCCUGAAUUGAGGGAUAAAGAUAAGAAAGAGAGCCCUACCAAAGGACUAAAAUCUACUGAGGAAUCACAUAAUAAGAACUCUAGAAAGAAGUCGCCAAGUAAGAAUCAUGACAAGCAAAAUGAUACCACAAAAAGAAAAUCAAAAAGUGACUACCACAAAGCUUGGGAAGAAGAAUUCACUAAGAAAACUGAUUAUCGUGCUCUUAUAGCCUUAGAUGAUGUUGAUUUGGUUGCUAAUGUUGAACCAUUUGAAUGUCCUGUUUGUUUCUUAGAUGUGGAGGCAAAUGAAGGAAUUAUUCUUCAAGACUGUUUGCAUAACUUUUGCAAGGAAUGCCUGUCUGGUGCAAUCCAAUAUUCAGACACUGCUGUUAUCAAAUGUCCUUUCCGUAAUGAUGAAUACUCUUGUGAAAGUCAUCUUCAGGAGCGUGAAAUCAAAUGUUUGGUUAAUCCUGAUGUCUAUGAGCGCCAUCUGCAAAGAAGUAUGGCUUUAGCUGAAAGUCAAGCUCAAGACAGUUUCCAUUGUAAGACUCCUGAUUGUCCAGGUUGGUGCCUUUUUGAAGACAAUGUUAAUACCUUCCUAUGUCCAGUAUGUCAUCGGACCAAUUGCCUUACAUGUGCUGCUAUACAUGAGGGUAGAAACUGCAGACAAUAUCAAGACCAACUGGCACUAAAUAGUGAUACCAGUGAAGAAGCCAAAAAGACUAAAGAGUACUUGCAGAGCAUGGUUGAAAAUGGUGAAGCAAUGGAGUGUCCUAAAUGUCAAGUUAUUCUGAUGAAAAAAUGGGGCUGUGAUUGGCUCAAAUGUUCUAUGUGUCAUACAGAAGUGUGUUGGGUUACUAAAGGUCCACGUUGGGGGCCAGGGGGAAAAGGAGAUACAAGUGGAGGUUGUAAAUGCAUGGUAAACGGCGUCCGCUGCCAUCCAAAAUGCAGUUAUUGUCAUUAGAAAUGAUCUAUUUCCAAAAUUGGAGAGACAAAAAUUUGCUGGAAUCAUUGCAGCACAUCCAAAAAAUGUAGCUUAAAGCUGAAUUUUCUGCAUGAAAAAUGUUGGACAUGUUUGCAGCAACCUACAUUGGAUUUUAUAAUAAUGUGAUGAAAUAUAUGUUUUUCAUACUUUCAUUGAGGCACUAUUGUUUGAUUAAAAAUAUUUUUAUUGUUGACAAAUAUUUUAAAUACAUAUUCUGCAUUUGAAGUCAUAUAUUUUUAAAGAACUGAAAAGAAUUAAUAGCUUGCACUCCCCAAAUUCAUAAACAAUUAAUCAUUGAAUCUCUUGAAACACUUGUGUGUGAAAAUAUUGAGGCGUAAUAUUGAUUAGCUAAUAUUUUGAAGGAUUUUAUUUAUAAAAUAUUUUAAAUGUGGUACUUGUUAUGAUGUACACAUUUUUUUAAACAUUAUAAUUAUGACAUUUGGUACCUUAUUUCUUCUGUAAUGUAAAGCAACUUCUAUGGUAAUACCUUAUUUUUUUCUAUUUAUUGAUUAUAAUUAUAAAAAUUAUGAUUGCAAUGCAAUGAAUGGAGUUAUUAAAUCCUUUUGAAAAAGUUUACUAGCUUGCUUUUCAUACCACAUUCCCAAGUUUCAUGUAAAAUUUUAUGACUAAUGCUUGAAAGUGUUCAUUUAUGCUACUUGAUUCAUUAAAACUGAACCUGUUUGCAGAGAAAGUUGUAUUUUUCAGCUGUUUGAUUUUUUUUAAUGAUUUGAAUGAAUGAUUUCGGUUUUUAAAAUUAAAUAACUGUAUGCAUAAAAAAUGUGAUGUUGUGUGAAGGAAUUUUCUUUCCUAAUCUCAUUAAAGUUUUCUAAACUUUAUUGAAAUAAAAAAAAUGCUCAAAGUAAUAUAUUUUACCCUUUAUUCACUGUAAAAUUAUAGGUCAUUGUUAUGCAUGAAAUAUUUAUACAUUUUUAAUAGGAAGUAUUUUAUAAAAAUAAUUAUAGUCAUCUAUUUAAAAAAAAAAGUUUUUUCUUUCAGAGUAAAUAUUUAAGUUUAAGAGAGACAGAGUGAGAUUUAAUAUUUAACUUAGUAAUAUAGUUCCAUUUCUUAAACAUUCUGAUACUCAUUGAGAAACCAUGUAUUUUGUUCCUUAUUUUUGAAUAGUAAAUAUUACACUGCCAUAACUUUCAUGUUUACCGAAUUUUUCUCAUUUAGCAUAUGGUUGUUAUUUAUAAUGCUUAUUUAUUUUGGAUUGUUUAGUUUAAU